AUGGCUGCCGGAAGGUUGCUGCUCUACACGGGCCUGUCGCUAGCGCUGUGCGCCCUCGGCAUGCUGGCCGUGGCCGUGUGCUCCGACCACUGGUACGAGACGGACGCCAGGAAGCACCGGGACCGCUGCAAGGCCUUCAACACCCGCCGCGUCGACCCCGGCUUCAUCUACAACAACAACAACAACUUGCCGCUGCGGGCCAGCCGCUCCCGCCUGGACCGCUGGGAGGGCCGCCUCCUCCGGGCCCGCAAUCGGCGCCAGCUCUUCGCCAUGAGCCCGGCCGACGAGUGCAGCCGGCAGUACAACUCCACCAACAUGGGCCUCUGGAGGAAGUGCCACCGGCAGGGCUUCGACCAGGAGAUCGCCGCGCUCAUCCGGAAAGCAACAGAAAAUGGACAUGGCACAGCAGGGGGAUUGAAUACAUGGAUACCUAGACUUGGCAGGGCAUUGUAUUUCACUUGAACUAAUGGAAACGCUGCUCCCCAUCACCCAAAACACAGCAAUCACUGUCGGUGGCAAGCACUGCUUACCAUGGCUGUCUCUGUCCGUUUGACAUUCUUGGUAGGCCUUAUUGAGAUAGAUAGCAUGCCAGCCAUACGAAUCUUGAGAGACUUAAGGUCACUAUCUUUAUUUUUUAUCCUUCAAACAUGAUCUUUGAAACCAGAGCUUCAUUUCAUAAAGCAGUAAUAGACACAGCUGGGAAAUAAGUGCAUCUUUUGUUAGACUUCACGGGCAAUUCCAGUCAAAUGCAGAAUAUAAUUCUGAUCACUGUUCUUCCUCAAUGGGAAGACUUUAUAAGAAAUCUUCCCAUCCAUUGAUAUUGCUAGAUUUAGACUUAGGGCUUCUUAGGGAAAGAUUUUUUUAUCUGAUAGUAUCCCAUAGUAUCCUCAAGAGAUGUCGUAGACUUUUGUCUUUUUUGAGGCAUGCUAGGUUGAAAUUCUGGGAGAUACGUGUUGGGGAAGGGGAGAAGAGAACCAGAGAAAACUUUUGUCAGUGUUAUGGGAAAAUUAGAGAUUUAUCUAAAUGAUUAUAUAGUUCCAGAGAACUUAAUAAUUUGUUAAAUCAGUCUUCAUUACAUUAGAAAGUGCUGUUUGUGCAUUUAAAAAUAAAACUGCAUGACUAAUAAGAAAACAAAUGCCACGUCUCUAUCUGAUUUGAAGAUAAAGUUCUUUGGAUUCAUGUUUUCUCUGAAAUUCAUUUCUUCAAUGUCCUUCUACCUGGGCUGUCCUUACAAAUAGACAUGCCUCAUCACUGUAUGUCUGUCUCAGUCAACUACAAGUUCCUGGAGGUCAGGAGAGCUGAUUAUUUGUAAAACACAUUUAUCAGAUGCUUGGCACUUGGGAAAUACCUUACACAAAUUUAGGUUCAUGGAAUGUGUUCGUCAAGAGCUUAUUCUAAUUGUGGGAACUCUCAGUGUGGGGACCUGAAUAAAGGAUUAGUCAGAAAAUUGGGAAGAAAAAGGAAAUAAAGCAGCGUGUCUUGUAGGGCAGGUUAAUGCUGCAACAGAUGCCAUAUAACUUAUUUAACAAGUAGGAUUUCUUGAACAAAAGCUUUUCUGAAGAACAAGGGAAACAACCCCUCAUAUCUUAUGGUUUUGUCAAUGUUUCCUUUAUUUAUAAUGUUUAUUUAUUUUAUAAGUAAAAUAAUAAUAAGAAAAGUGGAAUAAAAUAAAAUAACCUCUCCGUUAAAAAAUAAUAAAAAAGAAAAAGCAGUGUUUCAAUAUGAAAGCAGUUGAAGAAACUUGUUGGGAGAAUCAAAGUGUCUCCCUCCUUUUCAAGAACAUAUAUAUUAGUGAAUUAAUAAAGGUUUGUGCAAUUGUAAGA